UCUUGCCUUGGUAGUCAGUAUUUUGCAGUAGAGGUGUUCGGCAAUAAUACAAGUGAAUAAGAAAAGUUCAAUUGCAAUAAACUGGACGUGUAGAGUUUUUCACUUAUUAAUAAUUAUAUGAUUUUUUUUAUUGAAGUCUACACUCCUAAACAUUUUAUAACUUAAAUUUUUUCGACAUUUUGUGUAUUAGCAGGCCGAAGUCUGUAAAAUGGAUAGAAAUGUUUUAUUUCAACAUUUUUUAAACUUAAUUAGUUGUAAAUUAAACUGUAAUACAUCCAUCUUUAUUUAAUACCAAGGAACCAUAAUAUUAUUAAUCAAUAUGCGUCACAUGUUUUGUUCUAAAACACAUCACCAUAGGUACAGUACCUCACGUAACCGACCCAACGUACCUACUUAAAAGCACCACCUCGGUACCAUCAAUCUCAGAGAAUGCGUACGAAGAGUCGAAGAAUAAUACAUUUUGUAGAUAUUAAUGAUUUUAAAUACUACAAAUGUGCUUGAUCAAUUAUGACGCAACCAAUUAAAUUCAAACGUGUAUCCAAUAAGGCGAAGUUGGCGUUUACGGUUUUAGAAAGCAAUAGUCGUAGUUGUCGUGAUGGUGGACGCCGGGUACCCGGACGAGUGCAGGUACAGUCGUCGGCGUUCGUGCCUAUCGUGGACCGGAAAAUCGGUCGUAAAAACAUGAAGACCGCCACGCGGGUCGGUCAGUGUGCCCCGAACGGAUAUUGUCCACGACAAGACGGUACGACCGCGACCGCGACCGCGUGUCGUCGUUCGUCGCGUAGAUCUCGUCGGUGCCGAAGAUCAAUCGCAGGUCAUAUACAAAUUUACAGAUCAAAACCGAAAGCACCGGCAAUGGCGUCGUUGAUAUCCGGUGCCAUGAACAGCGCCGCAUGGACCGGAGCCGGCAUGAUACCCGUGUUCGUCGUCGGGUUGGCAUACCUCCGGUAUUCAAUGUACGACCCCGAGUCACGUGUGGUAGACGUCCAAGAGGUAAGGGAAGAAUAUGAUUUCAUAGUGGUGGGCGCAGGCUCAGCCGGGGCCGUAAUAGCUAACCGGUUGUCGGAGAUGCAAAACUGGACGGUGCUGGUGCUGGAGGCCGGCGGCGACGAGACGGAGAUAUCUGACGUUCCAUCGUUCGUCGGCUACCUGCAGCUAUCCGAUAUGGACUGGCAGUACAAGACGGCGCCGCCUUCCAGCGACAACCCAUACUGCUUGGCCAUGGUGCACGAUCGGUGCAACUGGCCCCGCGGUAAAGUGCUGGGCGGUUCCAGCGUGCUCAACGCUAUGGUGUACGUGCGGGGCAACAAACGGGACUACGACCAGUGGGCCGCUGCCGGAAACCCUGGCUGGGCGUACGCGGACGUACUACCGUACUUCCUCAAAUCCGAGGACAACCGGAACCCAUAUCUGGCCCGGACCAAGUACCACGCUCGCGGUGGUUAUCUGACAGUGUCGGAGGCGCCGUGGCGGACGCCACUGGCUACAGCGUUCGUCGCCGCUGGCGAGGAGCUGGGAUAUCAGAACCGCGACAUCAAUGGCCAGUACCAGAACGGAUUCAUGCUCACUCAGACCACCACGCGCCGCGGCAGCCGAUGUAGCACCGCCAAAGCUUUUUUGCGGCCGAUCCGCCUACGGUCCAACAUCCAUGUGUCGAUGCACAGCCAGGUGACCCGGAUACAUUUUUCCGGCGGAAAAGGUAGUAGUGACAAGCUUCGGGCAACCGGUGUCACGUACUUACGGGACGGCAAGCGGCGCACGGUUACCGCCCGGAAGGAAGUGAUACUUUCGGCGGGUGCCAUCGGGUCGCCGCAGCUGCUCAUGGUGUCGGGUGUCGGGCCGGCCGACCAUCUGACAGAACUGGGCAUCAAGUCGAUCGUUGACCUGAAAGUGGGCCACAAUCUGCAGGACCACGUGGGCCUGGGUGGGUUGACGUUUCUCAUCGACGACCCGAUAACGUUCAAAAAGUCUCGGUUCACCUCAGCGUCCGUGGCCCUCGACUACAUAAUGAACGAGAGGGGCCCUCUGACGUCCAGCGGCGUCGAGGGCCUAGCAUUUGUCAACACCAAGUACGCUGACCCAUCGGGUGAGUUCCCAGACAUACAGUUCCAUUUCGCUCCUAGUUCCGUCAACUCGGAUGGCGAUCAAAUCCGAAAGAUCACUGGGCUACGGGACGCCGUGUACAAUACCGUGUACAAGCCGCUGGUGAACGCCGAGACGUGGACGCUGCUGCCACUGCUGUUGCGUCCCAAAAGCUCCGGAUGGGUUCGGCUUAAAUCCAAGAACCCGCUGGCGCAUCCGGUCAUCGAGCCUAACUAUUUCGCGCACAAAGAAGACGUACAGGUGCUGGUUGACGGCAUCCGGAUCGCAUUCAACGUGUCCAACACGGAAGCGUUUCGCAAAUACAACUCUAGGCCGCUACUGACGCCCAUGCCGGGGUGCAAGAAAUUCGAGCUGUUCAGCGACGAGUACUGGGAAUGCGCACUCCGGCACUUCACGUUCACCAUUUACCACCCGGCCGGCACGUGCAAGAUGGGCCCGGACACGGAUCCCGACGCGGUGGUCGACCACCGGUUGCGUGUGCGAGGCAUCGAUGGGCUCCGGGUAGUAGACGCCUCUAUCAUGCCAAACAUAAUCAGUGGAAACCCCAACGCACCCGUCAUCAUGAUCGGUGAAAAAGGAGCAGACAUGAUCAAAAAAGAUUGGUUGACGUAGUCGUCCGUCAACCGGUUGUCGUCUGAUCUGAGAUGGCGUGGUGACCGUCCUUACGACGUGUUCCCUUCUUCCUACGAUUUUGAAAUGUGAUUACGAUGUGUCUUAUUAUUAUUAUUAUUAUUAUUAUUAUUGUUUUUGUUGUUGUUAUUGUUAUUGAUGUUGCUCAAUCAUUGUUGUAUUUUGUGUAUUUAUA